CGCUCCAGCUGUAGGUGGAGCUGGCUUUCCUGGAAUUGUCGGGCAACUUUUCCUGUUGUGCUUUCUACCUCUUGCUCAAUCUCUUCCUAAUGACAGCUCUGCUGCAGGAUUACUGGGGCUGUGGAGACUUGUGCCAACUGGAUGCCAAUAUCUACAGCAUGCUGGGGUUUAUAGCUGGUGCAUUUGUUGACGUUAAUAUGUAUUCAUGAUUUAGGUCAGAAGUUUUCCUUCAGCAGAAAUGUCUCGGCAUUGCAAAGUGGGGCGGAAUCCAUCGAUAGCUGAUCAGCUUCCCUGGAUUUCGCUGACGACCUCACUUUGUUUUGCCUGAAGAUGGAAACGCUGGAGUCGGAACUGACCUGCCCAAUCUGUCUGGAGCUCUUUGAGGACCCGCUGCUCUUGCCCUGUGCUCAUAGCCUUUGUUUCAACUGUGCCCAUCGCAUCCUGGUCUCACACUGCACGCCCAGCGAGCCAAUUCAGUCCAUCAGCGCAUUUCAGUGUCCAACCUGUCGCUAUGUCAUCACCCUCAACCAGAAGGGUCUAGACGGACUCAAACGCAACGUUACAUUACAGAACAUCAUUGACCGCUACCAGAAGGCUUCUCUAAGUGGACCUAAUUCUCCUAACGAGACUCGGCGCGAGCGAGCCGCCCCCGACAGCAAAGCCAUGACUUCCCCCGGGGACCGGGUGCAGUGUCAGUUUUGUGAGCAGGACCCUCCGCAGGACGCUGUGAAGACCUGCGUCACCUGUGAGGUGUCAUACUGCGAUGAGUGUCUCAAGGCCACCCACCCCAACAAGAAGCCGUUCACGGGCCACCGUCUAAUCGAGCCCUUGCUGGACUCCCAUCUGCGAGGGCUUAUGUGUCUGGAGCAUGAGGAUGAGAAGGUCAACAUGUACUGUGUGACAGAUGAACAGUUGAUCUGUGCAUUGUGUAAGCUGGUUGGCCGACACCGGGACCACCACGUGGCAGCCCUCGGUGACCGAUUUGACAAACUCAAGAAAUCCCCUGGCCGUUAUCUCUAUGUGGUGGGGCGUGGUCAUUCACACCAGGAGGCAGACCAGCAAGCUUUGGAUUCCAACCUCAGUAGUCUAAUCAAGAGAACCAGUGAGUUGGAAAGUCUGAUGGGCAAACUCAUCCAAACCUGCCAACAUGUGGAGGUUAACGCAUCGCGACAAGAAAACAAGCUGCUGGAGGAGUGUGACCAGCUGAUUAAUAUCAUACAGCAGCGGAGACAAAUCAUAGCUACCAAGAUAAAGGAGGGCAAGUCUGUGCGGCUGAGGAAACUAGCCCAGCAGAUAGCCAGCUGCAAGCAGUGCAUCGAGAGGUCCUCCUCCCUCAUCACUCAGGCCAACCAAACUCUCAAGGAGACGGACCACACUCGCUUCCUCCAAACGGCUAAAAGCACCUGUGAGAGAGUUUCUAUGGCAACAGCUUCCUCUCAAAUCCUGUUACCAGAAAUGAACCUGAAUGAUACCUUUGAUACUUUUGCGUUGGACUUCACACGGGAGAAGAAAAUGCUUGAAAGCUUGGAUUACCUCACAGCACCAAAUCCACCAGUAAUCCGUGAGGAAUUAUGUACAGCUUCAUACGACACGAUCACAGUUCACUGGACAUCAGAUGACGAAUUCUCUGUUGUAUCAUAUGAACUUCAGUAUGCCAUCUUUACCAGCCAAUCUAAUGUUGUCAGUUUGUGCAACUCUGCUGACAGCUGGAUGAUUGUACCAAACAUCAAGCAAAAUCACUACACUGUGCACGGGCUUCAGUGUGGCACCAAGUACAUUUUCAUACUGAAGGCCAUAAACCAGGCUGGAAACCGCAGCAGUGAACCAGGGAAACUCAAGACCAACAGUCAACCAUUCAAGUUGGACCCAAAGUCAGCUCACCGGAAGCUGAGGUUGUCCCAUGACAACCUGACUGUGGAGAGGGACGAGACGUCAUCCAAGAAGAGCCACAGUCAGGACCGCUUCUCCAGCCACAGCAGCUACGGUGUCGCAGGAAAUGUCUACAUCGACAGCGGCCGCCAUUACUGGGAAGCUCUGAUAGGAGGGAGCACAUGGUUUGCAGUGGGCAUUGCAUACAAGUCAGCACCGAAACAAGAGUGGGUUGGCAAAAACUCUGCGUCCUGGGUACUGUCUCGAUGCAACAACUCGUGGGUGGUGCGUCACAACAGUAAGGAGAUGCCCAUCGAGCCUUCCCCCCACCUGCGUCGUCUCGGAGUGCUGUUGGACUAUGACUCUGGAUCUCUGUCUUUCUACGACGCUGUCGGCUCUCAGCACUUGCAUACAUUUGAUGUUGACUUUGCUCAGCCAGUCUGCCCCGUGUUCAACGUCUGGAACAGGUGUUUAACAGUCCUCACUGGACUGCCCAUCCCAGAUCACUUAGAGGGGACAGACUACAACAACUGACAAAACCUGUCAUGCUGGAUUUUCUUUGUGUACCCAAAAAGAGACCAGACUGCCUGCACCACAUUGACUGUGAUGUCCACAUACUGUUGACAAAAUAAAAACAGUAACCGAACGAGAUGCAAAUAUUGGCCCAGGUGUACAUUCCUAAUCAAGCCUAUGUUGAAAUUCAUUAGAAUUAUUUAAGAAAUGAUUUACAAGCUUCUGUAGAUGUAUUUCUUUGCUUUGCACAUAUGGUAUAUGUACAUUACACUGCUGAAUGGUUCUAAGGGUUUGCUUACAGUUUGAAAUUAAUUUUCAAAUAGGCACCAUAUUUUUUUAUUAUGUCUAAGUCAUAUUACACAUUUUCCCAUUCAUGUGUGAAGGUGUAUGACAGGGUGACGAGCAGACUCUCUGACUCUGAUGUUUAUCGAAGGUUGUAUUAUUGUUUAUUUUAAAUGCAAUGUUUUUGAAAGAUUUUUUUAAAUCAUAGCACUUUGAGAAGUAUAAGUCACUAUAAAAUGUAUUUCAAAGCCACGUAAUUAAAAUGUUUCCUUGUCAUUGUUUUGUUAGGAAAAAAACACUUAAAUAAAUCACAUAACAAAAAUGAACAAGUUUCACAUGUGAAAUCAGUCAAUUCAGCCAUUGUGACAUAUUUAUUAUCUGUAAAUAUGAGUGCAGUUCAGCAUUAUGAGAUCAUUCAUCACAAUUUUCACAUUUAAGUUUCUCUCUGACAUCAUUUAAUAAAAGUGACUUAAUUUGA